AGGCCCAAAGGCUCCUGGCGUAGCCGGCGCCAUUUUGCCGGACCCGCGACCGAGUGGGAGUGGAGCGGAGCGGCCGUUGUUGCCGACUCUUUCCUCCCCCCGCACGGUCCAGUCAGCGGUCGAUUAGGCCUUCGGCCCUCAAGCCGACACUUGUCUCUUAUUUAGUUCUGGGGAGCGCCUGACCGCCAUGAGUGAUAUCGAGGAGAACAACUUCGAGGGCAGAGAGUCUCGCUCUCAGUCAAAAUCUCCAACGGGAACACCUGCUCGUGUAAAAUCGGAGAGCAGGUCAGGAUCUCGUAGUCCAUCAAGGGUUUCCAAACACUCUGAAUCCCAUUCUCGAUCAAGAUCAAAAUCCAGGUCGAGGUCACGGAGGCAUUCUCAUAGACGUUACACUCGCUCCAGAUCCCAUUCUCACUCUCAUAGGAGACGAUCUCGAAGUAGAUCAUACACACCAGAAUACCGGCGUCGAAGGAGCCGAAGUCAUUCUCCAAUGUCUAACCGGAGAAGACAUACAGGCAGCAGGGCGAAUCCAGAUCCCAACACUUGUCUUGGAGUGUUUGGCCUCAGCUUAUACACAACAGAGAGGGAUCUUCGUGAAGUAUUUUCUCGAUAUGGACCGUUGAGUGGUGUCAAUGUGGUUUAUGAUCAGCGAACUGGACGAUCUCGAGGAUUUGCUUUUGUUUAUUUUGAGAGGAUAGAUGACUCAAAAGAGGCUAUGGAAAGGGCAAAUGGAAUGGAGCUAGAUGGUAGAAGAAUUCGUGUGGAUUAUUCUAUUACCAAGAGAGCACACACACCAACACCAGGCAUCUACAUGGGCAGACCAACUCAUAGUGGUGGCGGCGGUGGUGGUGGCGGCGGCGGUGGUGGAGGAGGCGGCAGGCGGCGAGAUUCUUACUAUGACAGAGGAUACGAUCGCGGCUAUGACAGAUACGAAGACUAUGACUAUCGGUACAGAAGAAGAUCGCCUUCUCCUUAUUAUAGUCGCUACAGAUCACGAUCACGAUCUCGUUCCUACAGCCCAAGGCGUUACUGAUAAAUGGAAUGACUGCAGUUGAAGACAUCGUCUCUUUAUUUUGUUUUUCAUUCUUUUUGUGUUUAGUUCUGGAUUUCCCCAAGCUUCUAAUCUUGACUAUUUCUUUGAAAAGAUUCCUUAAAAAAAAUCUUCACUUCAUUUAACAUCUACGCUUUGUCCAUUGUAUUGCUGUUUCUCACCCCUUUAAUUAUACUCUUAAAGAUGUAUUGUCAUUUUGUGAGUUGAAAAAUCUUAAGUAAAAAAAAAAGGAAUGCCCAGUGUUAAGCUUUGUAAAUGACUUUUCUUUGUUUUUACAGAAAAUUAAUUCCUGGCUAAUCAGAUGAGGAAAGAAAUGGUUUUUUUAAAGCUUCUUUUGUGUUAGAUAUUGUAUUAGACGUUGUAUUAGAGAUUGCAUUUAUGACGAACUCCUUUUUUAACUUUCUUGGGGAAGAUAGUAACACAUAAAGUAGUUCAGUCAUGUCAAGUUUGUUUGGGGUGGCAUGGAGCAGUCAAUAGUUGAGUGUAGAAAGUUUGAAGCUUAUAGAACAAAACAAGUUGGUCAUUUAUUUUGAAGAAUGGAAUUUUUGAGCCCUAAAAAUUCAGUAAUUUUUUUUUUUUUUUUUUAGAGAUGAAAAGCUUGUGGACUCCUAUAAACAUGUUGUAUUUAGAAUACAUGUGUUAAAAUCUACAGACUUAAAGUGUGAUUUUUGUGUUGAAUUUUUGAAGUUUAAGUAUUCCCUUAAUCAGUGAAGGAUAACUCUUUAUUAUUUAUUACCUAGAGCAAUUGUAUACUUUGCUGUUAGAAAUUUUGGUAUUGGGACAAGCAAGCUAUUGUAUAGUAUGAGUCCUUAGGAGAUACAUGUGGGGAAAAGUAGUAUUAACUUUCAAAUAAAAGUUAAUUUCUUUGAAAAUGAGAUUGUCUCUUUAUUAUGGUACAGU